AGCUAGGCGACACAUAUUUUCUUUUUAGCUAUAGACAUGUUACUGGUUUUAGAAAAGGCAUCUUUAUGACAGUGAAAUGUCUUCAAAAAGUCACAAGAAUGAAGAUGUCUGCAGAUCUAAUCUGGACAACCUUAAUAAAAUUGGAACGCAUUCACAACAAUUGUGUAACAAUGAGAUGAAUGGCAAAAGGAGCCACUUUCUGGCCAGAGCACUGGCAACUUUGCCAAGGGGGCACAAACAGGUUGCCAUGACCAGAUCAAACUCUUUGAUUGAUUCAUCUGGAAUUGGACCGCAAAGAAGAUUACUGGUUGCAGUUAAGCAAGACAAUGAAACAUUUGGAUUUGAAAUUCAGACCUAUAAACUGCAGCAUCAAAAUGUCCAUGCCUACGAAAUGUGCACUUACGUCUGCAGGGUGCACGAAAACAGCCCUUCCUCACGUGCUGGAUUAAAGAUUGGUGACAUGUUAAAGAUUGUAAAUGGAGUCAGUACAGAUGGCUUCAGCCACCAGGAAACUGUAGAUCUAAUCAGGUCGUCAGGAAAUUACCUCAGGAUAGAAGCCGUUAAUGGAACGAGAAUUAGAAGAUCAGAAUUGGAAGCCAAGCUGUUGUUUUUAAAGCAAGAUUUCCGUGAGAAAUGGGCCGAGAUGAGAACAGUACUGAGGAAAGAGCAGCAAAUCAUUUAUGGAACAGUAGAUGAACAAAAAAUACAAGAAGCAAUGGACACCCUUCAGUCUAAGAUGUUUGAAAGUCCCACAGCAUCAAAUUCAUUCCUGAAUAAGCACAGAGUUUCGAGUGGGAGCAGUUGCAAAAGUCGUCUAAGUUUCAUGACUGACUCCAGUGAUGAUUACUUGUGGCAGAUGUCUGUUUUUGAUGAAGACUCGGCUAGUGAAGGUUUCAGCCGCCAAUCUAGUAUAGAAGAGGACACUUUUUAUGGGAAGCCAAAUGGGAUCUCCUUUAAAAGGUCUUCACUGAGCCGUCACAGGAGCAUCAGCGUGACGAGUAGCGGAAGUGAAUCCAUGUCGCCAAACUGGGACACAUUGAGCAUUUCAAAUUUCUUUGGGACUUUGCCAAGGAAGAGCAGAAGAGGGAGCAUUAGGAAGCAUUUCUUAAAGUUCAUCCCUGGUUUGCAUAGAUCAGUAGAGGAAGAAGAGAGCCCAGUCUGACAUUCACUCAUUGUUCUGUUAAUGAGGUCUGGUAGCAUUAAUUUAGAUGAUUUCAUUUUAAAAAGAGAACUGACCAAAUGGGAGUAAUGGACUAAAAGGACAGUUAUCACAAUAAUGACAUGACUGUAAACUGACUAAUACAAAGGUGUACUGCUAUGUGUAUAUGACCUUUAUAUAGCAGCUCUGCAAUAUUUAUUUAUUUUGUAUAUAGACAGUCAUUAAACACAACUUUUUUCAAUAAACCUUAUUAAAUGAAA